UCUCUCUCUUCUCUCUCUCUGCUUCGCUUUCCUUUCAAUUUCUCUUCCAUUUUUUCAUUUGGAUUCUCCAAUGAAUUUACAUUCUCUGGGGAAAUACCCGCAAAAUCAAACCCUUAAUUUUCUCCUUACAAAAAUUCUUCUUCUUCUUUUUCUGCCAAAUUUUGCUCUUCCCCUGCUUUUACCCGAUCAAACUGCUGAUAUUUUGUAUGGAAUUCGUCAAUUUAACCAGUCUUCAUUGUUGGGUAUCGUUGAAAUUUCUGUUUUGAUUAGAAAAUUUCAGUGGGGUAGGGUUUGAAAUUGGUGGGAUUGAGUUGAAUUUAUGUGGGGUUUUCUUCUGCGUUUUUUCAUUUUCAGCGAUUGGAAGAUUCAUUGCCCUAUGGGGAUUUUGUUUGCUCUGUUUUCCUGUUCUUCUUCUCGGGUGUUCAUGCGCAAGUUCUAGGGCAUAAUCUCUCGUUUUUUUUUCUUUUUACCGUAAUAUUGAUUGUUGAUUCUGAUUCUGUAACCCUAGUUUGGGGGAAAACGCCAUGGAUGACGGAUUUAGGCGUUUUUGCGAUGUUUGUUCUUUGAGAUUUUAGGAAGGAAAAUCGAGUAACAUCGUGUUGUUCAGAUGGGUAAUAACUGCGUUUCGAGAAAUUCGAAGGAUGGGAUUCUCUACUCCAUUUCACAUUCAAUUUGGUGGUCUCGACCGAAUGUGGGUGCUAAUACUAAAAAAGGGAUUUCUAAGAAGGCGGCCAAAAACCCAAAAUCCAAUGAAAUAAUAGUUCAAAGCACUCCCCCAAUACCGGUGAAGAUUGUCGAUGAGAGGCCCAAACCGUUAGAAUGGGAGGCUAAACCAGUGGAAGUUGUAAAAGCCAAUGAAGAUAUCGUCAUCAUCAAACCCUUGGAACCUCUGGUGACCACGGAAGAAGUGAUCAAACCAGCUGAAGGACCACCAAAAUAUGAUGAAGAGAGACUGCCGGUCGAAUUGGUAAUGCCGAAAUCGGCUGAAGAACCACCGAGAUAUGAUGUAGAGAGAACGCAGGUUGAAUUAGUAAUGCCAAAAUCGGCUGAAGAAUCACCAAGAUUUGAUGUGGAGAGAACGCCGGUUAAGUCGGUAAUGCCAAAAUCAGCUGAAGAACCGCUGAGAUAUGAUGUCGAGAGAACGCCGGUUGAAUCGGUAAUGCCAAAAUCAGCUGAAGAACCGCUGCAAUAUGCUGUCGAGAGAACACCGGUUGAAUCGGUAAUGCCAAAAUCAGCUGAAGAACUGCUGCAAUAUGCUGUCGAGAGAACACCGGUUGAAUCGGUAAUGCUGAAAUCAGCAGACGAACCACAGAGAUAUGAUGUAGAGAGAACACCGGUCGAAUCGGUAAUGCCAAAUGAAGAUAACGGUAGUAGUGGGAAUAAUAAUGUUUCUGAAGAUUUGGGGAAGGUGAAGAAGCCCAAGAAAAUAGUGAGUGCAGGCCUGGCGGUAGAGUCAGUUUUGCAAACAAAAACUGGUCAUCUAAAGGAGCAUUACAGCUUGGGGAGGAAACUUGGACAUGGGCAGUUUGGGACAACUUUUCUGUGUGUAGAGAAGUCAACUGGAAAAGAGUAUGCCUGCAAAUCCAUAGCAAAAAGGAAAUUGGCGACGAUGGAAGACGUCGAGGAUGUGAGGAGGGAGAUUCAGAUAAUGCAUCAUUUGGUCGGUAUCCCCAGCAUUGUUUCCAUUAAAGGGGCUUAUGAGGAUGCUGUUGCUGUACAUGUGGUCAUGGAGCUUUGUGAAGGGGGUGAGCUUUUUGAUAGGAUCGUCAAGCGGGGUCAUUACUCAGAAAGACAAGCAGCCGAGCUUGCUAGAACUAUAGUAGGUGUGAUAGAAGCUUGCCAUUCUCUAGGAGUCAUGCACCGUGACCUAAAACCAGAGAAUUUCCUUUUCGUUGAUGGACGGGAGGACUCACCCUUGAAAGCUAUAGAUUUCGGGCUAUCCAUCUUCUUCAAGCCAGGGCAAAUAUUCAGUGAUGUGGUUGGGAGUCCUUACUACGUUGCUCCUGAAGUUUUGUGCAAAUUAUAUGGCCCAGAAUCUGAUGUUUGGAGUGCUGGUGUGAUGCUUUACAUACUUUUAAGUGGAGUGCCUCCAUUUUGGGCAGAAAGCGAGCAAGAGAUCUUUGAUGAAGUUUUACAUGGAGAACUUGACUUCACAUUAGAACCGUGGCCGAGUAUUUCUGAAAGUGCCAAAGAUUUGGUGCGGAAGAUGCUAGUUAGACACCCCAAAGAGCGGAUAACUGCUCAUGAAGUUCUAUGCCAUCCUUGGCUUCAGGUCGAUGGCGUGGCUCCAGACAAACCUCUUGAUUCUGCAGUCUUGAGUCGUUUGAAGCAGUUCUCAGCGAUGAACAAGCUCAAGAAAAUGGCACUCAGAGUGAUUGCUGAGAGCCUCUCCGAAGAAGAGAUCGCCGGGUUAAAGGAAAUGUUUAAGAUGAUAGAUACUGACAACAGCGGCCAAAUUACUUUUGAAGAACUAAAAGAUGGACUCAAAAGAUUUGGAGCUAAUCUUAAUGAGAAUGAGAUACAGGAUCUAAUGCAAGCUGCUGAUUUCGACAACAAUGGCUGCAUAGACUAUGGGGAGUUCAUAGCAGCAACACUUCAUUUGAACAAAGCUGGGAGAGAAGAUCAUCUCUUUGCAGCAUUCCAGUACUUUGACAAGGACGGGAGCGGUUAUAUCACGCAAGACGAACUUCAACAAGCGUGCGAGGAUUUUGGCAUCGAGAACGUUCACUUGGAAGAUAUGAUCCGAGAAGUCGAUCAGGAUAACGACGGUCGAAUCGAUUACAACGAAUUUGUCGCGAUGAUGCAGAUGGGCAAUGGUGAUUUGGGGAAGAAGGGUCAACAGAAUACUAACUUUAGCAUUGGCUUUAGGGAGGCACUUCCUAAUUUAGAACGAGAUGACAGGUCGGCUUCUGAUUUGAAGUGGAUGUUUGAUUAGUCGAGGUGAUAACUUACCAACAAAACCUUACAUCGGUAAGUUAGUACUUAGACCGAGCUAGCCAGUAUCAAGUCGAGCUUAGUUAUGUUGUGUAUAGAUACUGCGUGCCUUCGUGAGGAAUAGGCUCUAUCUUUUAUAGGGGAGUUUCGAGAAGUGUUGUAGCACCGUUUCAACGUAGAGUCAAGGGUGAUUUCGCCUAGCACAACUCAUCCUCAACCUAAUGA